AUGGAUUCCCAAAGUACUCAAAAUACACAAACUGAAUUUCGAUACGUUGAUGGUAGAAGAUUUCAUAACGAGGAAAAUGCUAUAUAUCAGAUGCCAAAUGAUGAACAUGAAACAGAUAGAUUACAUUUACAACAUUUUUUAUUAAGAUAUCUCUGGCAAAGCAACAUUUCUGCUCCUGUCGAUCAUAUUUUGUCUAAACAAGGUGCUAAAGUCCUCGAUGUCGGAUGUGGUGCAGCUUCAUGGUCUUUUGAUAUGGCAACUACGUAUCAAUCAGCUGAAAUUACUGGAUUUGAUAUAUCUCCAUAUCAACCAACUACGAUAAAACCUCAAAAUUUUGAAUUCGUUAAAGGAAAUGUUGAGGAAAGAUUACCAUUUGAUGAUAAUACUUUUGAUUUUGUAUUUCAGCGAUUUUUAGUAUGGGGUAUUCACAAAGAGAAAUGGCCACACGUGGUAAAUGAGUUGGUCAGAGUUUUAAAACCAGGUGGAUUUUUAGAGUUAUGUGAACCUUCUAAUAUAUUUGACAGAGGACCAGUUACUAAACGUUUAUGGGAUUGUGAAAUCGAAAUAUUAGAAGAAAAAGGCAGUGAUUUUGAUUCGUAUCUAAAGAUAGAAGAAUAUGCACGAAAUCAAGGUCAAUUAGAAAAUAUUAAAAAAGAAGCUAAACGAUGCCAUUACGGAACAGUUUAUAACAGUGUCGAGUUUAGUAAAGCGAUUCUCAGUAAUAUGUCUUAUGCGUAUGCUUCUCUUAAACCUGUUUUAACAAAACAAUUGCAAAUUUCUGAUGAAGAAUACGAUAGGUUGACUAAAAUAUCCGAAAAAGAAUCAGUGGAGUUUAAUUCUUAUUUUAAUAUAGUUCGUGUUUAUGGAA